GGACAGGGGGUGAGGAUUGAUAAAAACCAGUUGAGUUCAGAACAACGAGAGAAAUACGAUGCUGGAUAUAGAAGACAUCAGUUUAAUGAAAUGGUCAGUGGUAUUAUUCCCGUCACGCGACAGAUUCUCAACGUUACAGAACCACAGUGCCUACAAAUCCAAUAUAAUUUGCAAAAACUGCCAAAAGCCGGUGUUGUGAUCAUCUUUCAUAAUGAAGCUUGGAGUGUUUUAUUACGAUCUUUACACAGCGUCUUACGAACAGUACCUGAUAUUUUAUUGACUGAGAUUAUUCUUGUGGAUGAUGCUUCUACUCAUGUGAUUUUGAAUCGUCCACUUGAGGACUAUAUACGAGACAUACCAAUGGUUAAGUUAGUGAGGCUACAGAACAGAAUGGGACUGAUGACAGCUCGAAUGGAGGGUCUGAAAUAUGUCUCGGGAGAAGUUGCCGUCUUUCUGGAUUCCCACGUGGAGACGGCGGAGAGAUGGUUGGAGCCAUUGUUAUCACGAAUACAGGGGAAUAAAAAUAUUCUAGCUGUACCCGGUAUUGAUAGGAUAGAUAGUGACGAUUUCUCCUUCCAGUCUGUACCAGUUUCCAGCAGACAGAUCGGAGGUUUCGACCUUGACCUAUACUACAAUUGGAUUCUGAUGCGACGUCAGGAUCUCGCUAAUCCUUUGGCUCCGAUGAGAUCUCCCACUCAUCUCGGUUGCUGUUUCGCCAUCUCUGUUGAAACCUUUAAACGUUUGGGACAAUACGACCCAGAGUUAAAGAUUUGGGGCUGUGAAAAUAUAGAAUUAUCAUUUAAGGUUUGGAUGUGUGGUGGCCAUAUUGAAAUCAUUCCAUGCUCUCACGUAGGCCACAUGUUCAGACAAACAGCUCCUUACGACUAUGGUCCUGACGGAAGUGACGUCAUCAGAAGGAACUGUUUACGAGUAGCUGAAGUUUGGAUGGAUAACUAUAAAUAUUUUUAUUAUGAGAGAAUUUUCAACAAACAGAUGUACACAGAUAUCGGUGACGUAGACGAAAGAAAGCUGUUACGUAAGCAGCUUGGUUGUAAAUCCUUUCAAUGGUAUAUUACUAAUGCAUAUCCUGAACUGUAUCUUCCGUUUGGUUGGCUUGCAUCCGGUCAGAUUCAAAACGUUGGGAUAAGUGAUAUGUGUAUUGAAACACCGAUACAAUGGGCUAACUAUGGUCAAGAGGUUUAUGUAUCACGAUGUAACAAAGAUAUACUUGUUCAGCAUUUCACUCUAACUAAAGAGAAUCAGAUAAGAAGAGAUGAAGGAUGUUUAGAUGUUAGUGGUAAAAAGUUAAUAGUUAUACAGUGUAUUAAGUUAACUUUACAACGUUGGAAAUAUACUAAGGGAGGUUGGUUAUUGCAUAUUCCAAGUAAAAAAUGUUUGGAACUGACCCCUGAUGGCACUGGUCUGGAAUUGAUGGUCUGUGAUAGAGACAAUCUGUUUCAGAAAUGGCAGUGGAACAGAAAAAUUCCAAGACAAAUUAAGCAACUGAGAAGAAAACAUUUUGAACGGCGACCGAAACAAUAA